AGUGAAUUCUGUAUAUUUUGUCCUUGGGUGAUGAUUAACUAAAGCUGUGUUUAUGGUUAGCCGACACCAAGAGUGUGUUCUUCCAUGCUUCUGUUAGGACAAGGGGACCACACAAGGAAGUCUUGCUCAACAGGAGGAUGCAUUGCUAGUAGUUCUCAACUUUAUUCAACCUCAACAAGUAAGAAAGACUUAACAAAUAGGAAUAUUGGACAUUUGUUCUUGGGAUUCUAGGACGUUUGUAUAAGGACGUUUCUUUCCAUUGUGGAUGUCUAUUGUAAAUGUCAAAGAACUGCAAUAAUCCCAACAUUUUCUCCAUAUUAAUACAUUCCUGAGGUGCUUAUCUAGUUGACUGAGAAUUGAUUUGCUAUUUUGUUUUCUUGGAAGACUGAAAAAAGGUUGGCCUCAAUUUUAACUAAAUUGAUUUAUUUUGACAUUCUUGAUCAAAUCAAAUAUUCCUUUUCUACUUAGUGAAAGUUAAAUAUCAAUACUACACCUGUUCUGUAAUUCACAUACCAUUCAUCUGAUUGAAUUGUAAAUAGGAAAAAUAGUGUGCAUUGGAAAGAAAGGAAAUUAAACAUUAGCAACAUUGCCUAACAUUCAACCAGUAAGAUCUAACUGGCGACCAGUGGGUGAAAGCGGUUAGAUAGUAAAGAUAAAAUAAGUGUUGGUCUCUGCCUGAGGGAUCUCUUCUGGACUCAUUAACCAUGACGACGGGUACAGGGGGCCCAGUGGCCUCGUUCUCUGUGUGGGACUAUGUGGUGUUUGUGGGCACAGUCCUGGGGGCGGCCGGAAUCGGCCUGUUCCAAGCCAUCCGGGGCCGCAAGAACACCAGCAGCGAUGAGUUCCUGCUGGGGGGCCGUCAGAUGACAGCGGUGCCCGUCGCCAUGUCCCUCACUGCCAGCUUCAUGUCUGGCAUCACUGUGAUCGGCACGCCAGCAGAGGCCUAUCGGUUUGGGGCGGCCUUCUGGACCUUUGGCAUCUCCUAUGCCAUCAUGUCCAUCAUCACCGCCGAGAUCUUCGUCCCUCUCUUCUACCGCCUGGGCAUCACCAGCACCUACGAGGUACUGUAAGGAGAUAUACCAGGCUGGGUCAGACCCAACUGUGUCAAAUACAUAUACAGUAUGUCAAACACUUUAAAACAUUUGAGGUGCAAAUUGCUUGGCGAUUCCUUUGGGUCCAUUGUAUCGUGGAUGGAGAUAAAGGGGAACUUGGGUAAGAGGUGCAUGAAUUAAGAUGAAUCAGCAGGGAGUGGUGAAGAUGAGAGGGUGUGCUCUAAAAUGUCCAGCAGUUGUAAUUUAAUAAUUCAUCACUGAACCGUGAAAACAAUCUAAUCCAGGAGGGGUGUCAAGCUGUUACAUCUGUUACAUUCAGCAUCUAUGAGGAAAUAUGUGACUAGUUUCCAUUAAAGUAAAUAAAAGUAUUUCAUUUGUUUUGAGCACAAAGCAACCAUAUAGCAGGUUGGCAUUUAUUGGGAUGAGUCAUGUACAGAAGGCAGCUCUCAGGGUAGUCACAAAGUCAUAAAAUCUGAUUUUAAACCUAACAAUAAUCUUAACCCUAACCUUAACCACACUGCUAACCUUAUGCCUAAUGCUAACCUUAACCCUAACCUUAACCACACUGCUAACCUUAUGCCUAAUGCUAACCUUAACCCUAACCUUAACCACACUGCUAACCUUAUGCCAAUUGCUAACCUUAACCCUAACCCUAACCUUAACCACAUUGCUAACCUUAUGCCUAAUGCUAACCUUAACCCUAACCUUAACCACACUGCUAACCUUAUGCCUAAUGCUAACCUUAACCACACUGCUAACCUUAUGCCUAAUGCUAACCUUAAAUUAAGACCAAAAAAGGUCAUUUUUGUUUUCAUAUUUUUUUACAAUAUAGAGCCAAUUUUGACUGCAGCUGGCAAAUCUAGUGGAAAUCACUCAUUUCUGCCUCCAGGACAAGAUUAAUCCCAAUAAACAUCAACCUGCAACCAUUUAUGACUUGAACAAAACAGCUGUAGACCUGCAGAUAGACAGACUACUGAAAGUCUAUGGGUCUUUCUUCAUCAUCACUUCUUGACCAGGAAGUGUAAAAAGACAAUGAAAUCAGGCCAGGUUUGACUGAAAUGUUUAUUUUCUCUGUAGUAUCUGGAGAUGCGUUUCAACAAGUUGAUUCGGAUGAUCGGGACCACCAUGUACAUCAUACAAACGGUAAAUAUUCAGUAAACAUCAUGAAAAUGGGACAACAGGGUACAUCUUAAUGAAGCUAAUGUUUUCCUAAGGAUAUGGUGGAAACAAAAAUCUCAAUAAUACAUUAACUACAAAAAAUUGCAACAUCUGCCCUUGUCCUUUUUUCCACUGCCUGAUUUCAGGAAGCCAUCUGGGCAUCUAAGGUAAACAUUCCACUUUAUGAAUGUGCAUCAAGCAUAUGUCAACUAAUGGCUGAGUUUGUUUCAGGCCCUGUACACUGGUAUGGUCAUCUACGCCCCAGCUCUUGCGCUCAAUCAAAGUAAGUCAUAUGCAAAGUAUCUCUGUAAUGUCCCUUAAAUGAAUCAAAACAAUAUUAUUAUCUGAGUGUUGACUGAAGGUCAAUCUCUGGACCAGACUGAUGAUACAUCUUUAGCUAAUUAAAUUGGUCUGUGAUCUGCCAAUAAAGGUAUUGUCUAAUUGCUUAUCAAUUGAUGCUAACAGCAGCACGAAAGAGGAUAUGCAGAUGUUGUUAGGCUAAGUGAUAAUAUCACAGAGAAUUCAUAUGUAUCUAUGCUGAACAAAAAUAUAAAUGCAACAUGCAAUAAUUUAAAAGAUUUUACUGAGUUACAGUUCAUAUAAGGAAAACAGUCAAUUGAAAUAACUUAAUUAGGCCUUAAUCUAUGGAUUUGACAUGACUGGGAAUACAGAUAUGCAUCUGUUGGUCACAGAUACCUUAAAAAAAAUGGGCCUCCCAUCAAUAAAAUGCAAUUGUGUUCGUUAUCCGUAGCUUAUGACUGCCCAUACCAUAACCCCACCGCCACCAUGGGGCACUCUGUUCACAAUGUUGACAUUAGCAAACCGCUCGGCCACACGACACCAUACACGUGGCCUGUGGUUGUGAGGCCGGUUGGACGUAAAGCCAAAUUCUCUUAAAUGAUGUUGAAGGUGGCUUAUGGUAGAAAAAUUAACAUUCAAUUAUCUGGCAACAGCUCUGGUGGACAUUCCUGCAGUCACCAUGCCAAUUGCACGCUCCCUCAAAACUUGAGACAUCUGUGGUAUUGUGUUGGGUGACAAAACUGCACAUUUUAGAGUGGCCUUUUAUUGUCCCCAGCACAAGGUGCACCUGUUUAAUGAUCAUGCUGUUUAAUCAGCUUCUUGAUAUGUCACACCUGUCAGUUGGAUGGAUUUUCUUGGCAAAGAAGAAAUGCUCACUAACAGGGAUGUAAACACAUUUGUGCACAACAUUUGUGAGAAAUAAGCUUUUUUGUGCGUAUGGAAAAUGUCUGGGAUAUUUCAUUUCAGCUCAUGAAACAUAGGACCAACACUUUACAUGUUGCGUUUAUAUUUUUGUUCAGUGUAGUUUCAGCUCAUGGAAACAAUUGUAUUAUUUGGAAAAGUUGUGUAAACGGGUCUGUGCCUCUGUGUGUUUCAGUCACAGGGCUGAACCUCUGGGGAGUGCUGGUGGCCACUGGGGUCGUGUGUAUCAUUUACUGCACCCUGGUCAGUGGCUCAUCUGAUCUCACACACUCACAAUCAGCAAUCAACUUCACGCUAUAACAAUAUACAUUUGAAUAUUGCGUUUUUAUUUUUAUUAGGAUCCAAAUUAACUGACGCCAUAAUGUCAGCUAGUCUUCCUGGCGUCCAACACAGAACUUAAAAGACAUUACAAACAAUUACAUUUACAUUAAGACAUUACCAACAUUUAACAAGUAUACAUUACAGACCAAAGCCAGGAGUUUUUCCUGACCCCAUGACAUGACCAUGUAGGGAAAACUCUCAGCCCCAGUUAUGGGCAAUUACUACUGUAGGGUCCAGGCUUUUUCCUGGUCAGGUCACUGGGUCAGGAAACACACUUAAACCUACACAUGAACAUACCUCUGGUGCACAUGAGGUUGCAGCAUACCUUCCUUCCUCUGACUCCAUGUUGUAUUGUGGUUCUCAGGGAGGUCUGAAGGCGGUCAUAUGGACAGACGUGUUCCAGAUGGUGAUCAUGUUAGCAGGCUUCGUGGCCGUCAUCGCCAGAGGGGCUGUCAUCCAGGGAGGUCUGGGGAAGAUCUGGGAUGACUGCUACCAAGGAGGCAGGCUCAACAUGUUUGAGUAAGUAAAAUGUCCACACGUCAUGCAGGGAUUAAAUAACUACACUGAUCAAAUGAAUUACCACCGCAGUAUGACUCCUCAUAGUUAGCUGAGGAUUUUCUCUUUAAUACCUUCUAAUGCAGUUUUGAUCCAGACCCUUUGAAGCGUCACACGUUCUGGACGAUCGUGGUUGGUGGCAGUGUGAUGUGGGCAUCCAUCUACUCCAUCAACCAGUCCCAGGUGCAGCGUUACAUCUCCUGCAAAACCCUAACCCAAGCCAAACUGUGAGUGGCACUCUUACCUUCCACAAUCACAACAUACAGGAAAAGCUGUGCGUGAAGAAUAGCAAUAUGAGUGUUUGUUCCAUGUUGGCUUUUCUUUAAAACCCACAGGUCACUGUAUGUGAAUAUGAUUGGUCUCUGGGUGACUGUGAGCUUAGCAGUGUUCUCCGGCCUCACCAUGUACUCCAUUUACAAGAACUGUGAUCCACUCACUAAUGGUGAUGUAGGGGCACUUGAUCAGGUCAGUGAGACAGCUAUGACUCUUACACAGGCAUGGACAGUGCUGUACUAUGGCAGUGUAAUCAAAUGUUAGUGGGUGGGGUCUAUAGUUGUCUUAUUUCACAAUGCAUAUUGUGUGAGGCAUUAAGGUGUGGUAUGUGUGUGUGGGAUUAAUAGUGUGUGUGUGUGUGUGUGUGUGUGUGUGUGUGUGUGUGUGUGUGUGUGUGUGUGUGUGUGUGUGUGUGUGUGUGUGUGUGUGUGUGUGUGUGUGUGUGUGUGUGUGUGUGUGUGUGUGUGUGUGUGUGUGUGUGUGUGUGCGUGUGUUUGUAAACAAGCUGCUUCCAUACCUGGUGAUGGACAUCCUGGCAGCCUAUCCUGGAGUCCCUGGGUUGUUUGUUGCGGCAGCAUACAGUGGUACCCUGAGGUGAGUAUACUCCAGGGGAACCCAAAUAGAGAAGGUCCGCUGACACAAAUCUUGCAGGUCCGGACAGUUAUAGUCAUUUAUCGGCGUAGUAACAAACCCCUACCUCGCAACCACUCCCCUGCUCUGUGUCCGGAACCGGAUUACGGACCGUCUAUUGCGUAUGGCUGGUAUACACUAACAAACACACGCAAUCUUCCACUACUUUUACGACUGACCUGUCAAUUAAUGUGUUUAACCAUGACUUCCUUCUCUGUCUCUUCUCCUCAUCUAUUGUCAUUGCGUCUGUUUCAGUACUGUGUCAUCCAGCAUCAAUGCGCUGGUGGCUGUCACUGUGGAGGACUUCAUCAGGCCAGUGUACAAAAACCUGACAGAUAAACAGGUGACCUGGAUGAACAUGGGCCUCAGUGAGUUUCACACAAAACACUGUAUGUAAGACUAGCAAAAUUAUAUGUGGGUUCGUUCAAAUAGCAAUGUCACACAAAUAAUGGUCAGUUUGACAUUUUUUGAGGUAUGUACAUUAUAUGUAAUUACUUUAAAUGAAAAUAUAUUUGUAAUCAUGAUAUGUAUAUGGAAUAUUAAAUUACCUUUGCACCUAUUCCAGGUGUUUUCUUUGGAUUUCUGUGCAUUGGGAUGGCUGCAGUAGCUUCACUGAUGGGGAGCAUUCUGCAGGUAGGAAAACUAUAUAAUCAGAAGUGGCUCCGUAGCACCACCUGCUGUCUGGCAUUGGUCACUUCUACUUUAUGUAUCUAACGGUUGUCUCUUUUCAGGCAGCCCUGUCCAUAUUUGGAAUGAUCAGUGGCCCUCUUCUUGGGCUUUACCUCUUAGGCAUGUUCUGGCGUACAGCAAACUCAACAGUAGGUAUCCCCAAUCGUAUUCAUAUCACUGUCAUCAUUCAUACUCAAAGAAUGAUUUACUCAUUUAUUCAAAUUUAUAUUAAUAACCAGAAACACUACAAAUGUCCUGACAUACAAAGAUUUUGGUAGUUGAAUACAAAACAACGCUAAAGUUUAGAUAAUAUAAUGGCAUAGAAAUGUAAUGUAUCUUUAUGAGUAAGACUGAGACUGAGACUGCUUCCUUGUGCGUUGCAGGGGGGACUCACAGGGCUGAUUGUGGGCCUUGUGAUUACCCUGUGGGUGGGGAUUGGGGCGCAAAUAUACCCACCCUUAGCUGAUAAAACCAACCCCCUGCCAAUCAGUGUGGCAGGCUGUAACCGCACACAGGACCUGAACUACACCACCCUGGCCCCAUGGACCAGCGCAGUAACACUGACCCCUCUGCCUGAGUGAGUUACUCACGGUCACUUUAUAAUCACUGUCUCCAAAGUCACCCUAUUUCACAUAUAGUGCACAACUUUUGACCAGAGUCCUAUGGUGCUUAUAGCACAAGGCUAAUGUGUUAGCACAAGGCUAAUGUGUUAGUGGGGGCUCAGGUAUGACGCUUCCUCUUGUUACAGUGACCGGCCAGCUCUGGCAGACUCGUGGUACUCCCUCUCCUACUUGUACUUCUGCCUUCUGGGCACUCUGUUGACUGUGAUCGUGGGCUUGGUGGUAAGCGCUAUCACAGGUGAGGCUACCUCCUUUAGCUCCAACCCUAACAGCAUAGUGUAUGAUAAGAGUUAUUUUGACCGCGUGACCUGACCAGGACAAACUUUACAUUUGACAUUUAGGUCAUUCAGCAGACUCUCUUAUCCAGAGCCACUAGGGUUAAGUGCCUUGCUCAAGGGCAAAGACAGAUUUUUCACCUAGUCAGCACGGGGAUUUGAACCAGUGACCUUUUGGUUACUGGCCCAGCGCUCUUAACCGCUAGGCUACCUGCUAAACUCUAGUGCUAGUUGUUCCUGGUCAGGUCUGUUAAAGGAAAGAUUCCUGGCCCUAGGCAUAACGACAUCGGCUGGUUCAUUUUUUAAAAACAUUUUAGUCAUUUAGCAGACGCUCUUAUCCAGAGCGACUUACAAUUAGUGAGUGCAUAGAUUUUUCAUACUGGCCCCCCAUGGGAAUAAUAUUGUAUGCAGUUAGUUAAACGCGACGUCUCCCUGUGUUGUGUCUGUCCAGGUGGCUGCAAGCAGGAGAAGCUAAGCUCAGAUCUCUUUGUAAGGAGAAGUGAUCUAUUCUGUGCUGGCUGUGGCAAGGACUCAGAGGUAAAGCUUCUCCCCCCCACACCACCGCACUUCUCUCUCUCAUACUGUAGGCCUACAUCUGUAUUAAAUGUUCUGAGUGUUACAGUUUCGCGAUUGCUAAGACACAUUUCUUGAAACCUUCACCCAUUUUCUCAAAACUUUAAACACAAAACCAAAUCUUCAAACUACAUUCACAAAACCCCUGACUCUUCUGGCAAAAUCAAACAAUCGCCUCAAAACCAUUUAAUCUGUGCUCAAAAUCAAACAAUGCUUUCAGAUCAUACACACAGCCAGUCAAUAUAUAAACACUACAUCAAAAAAAGGGAGAACACAGCGUCCAGGGCAUGUAGUUACAGAUUUUUUGUAUUUAUUGUAUAUAGUAAACGUAUUUUGCAAUUAAAACAAAAAGUAUAAUAAUCACAACUUAGUACAGUGAAUAUAUUGUAUACUGUAAGUACUGCAAGUAAUACAGUAUUGAAUGUCUGUAUAUUCAGCACUUGCAUAAAAAUACAGUAGUCCAACUGCAAAAGCCCAAAGAGCAAAGAAAACUCUAAAUGAAAAGCACAUUAUAGUACACUCAAAAAUAUUGUGCAACUGCGAAAUCAAAGUCAAUGAGAGAUUCAUUCUGCCUCAGCAUCACGUCUUUGUGCUGGUUCCGGCCAGAGGACUUCGUCCACGUCACAGGCAACGUUGUCCCUUGCCAGACAACGGGGGAAAAACCCUCUGGUGUGCCGGAUCCAGCCUUGACAACACUCCACACCUAUGUCACCACAGGCCAAUUACAUUGCCUGUAAGAGAUUUUCCCUGGUAUAUGGGUUUCGGUCAUAGACCUUCCACCGCCACACAGAGAAAAACUAUUCCAUUGGGUUGUGGAAAGGGCUGUAUGGUGGAAGGCAAACAUUUAUGAAUCGCUGGUUGAUGUUGAACCACUCGUGUAUCCGGACACCACGGUGAAAGCUGACAUUGUCCCAAACCACGACAUAGACAGGAUGCACUGCCUGCUGAUGAUCCUGCUGCUCACGCUAAAACAAAACAUCCCGAAGACCACCCAGAAAUGUAGGAAGAUGUUCAGUGUUAUAUGGCCCCAGGGUUGCAUGACGGUGGAGAACCCCACGAUUACUUAUGGCUGCACAAAGGGGGACUUUGCCACCACGCUGGCCAGGGACUUCCACAAUGGCACAUUGGCCAAUUAUGUUCCUGCCUCUCCUUCUCCUCGUCGCCAGAUUGAACCCUGCUUCAUCUACAAAAAUGUAUUCAUGGAGACUUUCCAUGGAAUCCAAUUCAAACACUCUCUCUAUAUAAAAAUAGAUAAAUAAGUAGUUUAGUAAGUGAUACAGAAAGACAGACUUCUGCAAUAGUGCAUUUGUAUGCACUCCUGAUUUACAUACACUACAAUAUAGUGCAGUUUACAGUAACAGUAGGCUAGUAGCAUAGCACUGUAAGCAUCAGUGCUGAAAGUGUCUGAGUGUACACUUACUUGCACAUACUGAAAUCGUAGAUCUUUGACCCUUUCUGAGUUGCGCUCAAAGUGUACUCUGUACACUUGCUUCAUGCGUACCCUGUUGCGCUGGAGGACACGGUCAAUGGUAGAAAGGCUGACACUGUUGAUUCCUUCAAAGUUUACAUUGUGUUCAACAACUCUUUGCUGUAUUUCACGCAGUCGGAUGGCAUUGUUUUGAAGGACCAUAUCAACAAUGAGAGCCUCUUGCUGUUGGGAGAACAUAGCAGGCCUUCCACCCUCAUGUGGUAGUCUUGCAAUUCUACAAAACGGGAAAAUGCACUUACAAACGUAUGCAUACAGUAAAAAUAGUUAUGGACAUUACUUCUAUACGUAAAAUAUUGUAUGGUAAGAAAAUUAUUCUUUUUUUCCCCCAGUCCCCUUUCUAUUGACAAAGUGAUGUACUGAAUCAAAUGUAUACAGUAAACUUUCAAUGACCCAAAUAAAAAUAAACAAUGACCUGUUCUCUUCUCUGAAUGUCCUGAUUAUGGUGGCCACAGAGAAUCUGCUCAAAUUGGGUUGUACUCUUUGUCCUGCUUCCCUCAUUGUCAUUCCAUGAACAACAACAUGGUCUAUCACAGUUGCUCGAAUUUCUUCUGAAAUUACUGUUCUUGGUCUUGCUCUUCCUCGUACUCUUCCACCACCUCUUACACGUACUCUUCCUCCUCUGCCUCUCAGAUUGUUUCCAUCCAUUGUUGGUAUCAACAUUCAAUGCACCUGUGCCACCUGUGCACUCUGAACUGGCUUAUAUUCUGUACAAUUGGUUUGAUCACAUCAUUAGAAACAAGUGUGAACAAUUUGGAGUCGAUGUGUGUAAACGAUGACAACUGUGUUGUAGUUGAUUUUAACUUUUGCCGCCUGUGUUUACCAUUUUGUAACACAAGUGCAUCACAGUGCGAAAUGUGUUUUAGUGAGUGAGAAUGUGUUUAGAGUUUUGCAAAAAGAGUGAUUGAUUUGACAAAUGGGUUUAGGCCACUGAGCAUUUGGUUCAGAGAAUGGGGUUUAGUGUUUUAGCAAUUCAGAAAAACUAACUGGAUCCCGGUGUGGUCUUUCGUAUCUACUGUAUCUUAGUCCAUGCCGCUCUGUCAUUGCUUGUCGAUAUAUGUAUAUAUUCUUAAAUUCCAUUCCUUACUAGAUGUGUGUGUAUUGGGUAUAUGUUGUGAAAUUGUUAGGUAUUACUUGUUAGAUAUUACUGCACUGUCGGAGCUAGAAGCACAAGCAUUUCACUACACCCGCAAUAACAUCUGCUAAACACGUGUAGGUGACAAAGAACAUUUGAUUUGAUUUGAUUUGUGUGUCUUCUGCAGGCAUCAGAACCUGAGGUAAAUGAAAAGGCUGGGUCAGAGCUGAAGAAGGGAUCAAACAAUGCUGGAUUCCAAGACUCUCAGUUUAACAUUAUGGAGAAGGAUGUGGAGAAGGUCACUAAAAUGUGAUGCUGCCGCCAAGCUAAAUACACUCUGUCAGCUGGAGUGCUCCAAGAGAACGAUUUUUCCUCUCACAUUUAGAUUCUAGUUUUAUUGUAAUUAAAUUAAUUGCUAAGAGAAGGAACCUCAAGUGUGUAAUAAUGCAGUUUGAUCCAGUUGAUCAACUAGCUAGCCCAUGUUAGCUAGGUAGACCUGUAUGUUAGGCUAACCAGCUAUCUAAAUCUUAUAGUUAUCAUGGCCAGAUUACUUGCCCAGGUGCCUCGAUCCCCAGGGGGCCUCCACUGAUUUUGUAGAGUCACUAAAGUAUCAUAUGAACACACAUAGGACAUGGCAAAAUGUGUAUAAUUGCAGGAAAUUAGCUUUAAAACUGCAAAAUGUUCUCUAAACCAACAAGAGGGGUGUGAACAGUUUAGGG